AUGCGAGGGCACACUCCAAGAAAUGAUAACACUGAUGUGUUCCAAUCCCUCACCAAAUUACAGACACCUAGGAAAGUUGUACUUUCUGGAACCAUUUUUCAAAAUCAUGUCAACGAAGUAUUCAAUCUUUUGAAUCUUGUUCGUCCUAAAUUUUUAAGGUCAGAAACUUCACGACCCAUCAUUAAGCGCAUCAUGAGUAGAGUUCAUAUAUCGGGUGUAAGAAAGCAGUUCAAAGCUGGUAGUGAAUCAGCUUUCUAUGAACUAGUGGAACAUACCCUACAGAAGGAUAAUGAUUUCAGGAGGAAAGUGACUGUCAUACAUGAGUUGCGUGAGAUGACUAGCAAGGUGCUUCAUUAUUAUAGAGGAGAUUCCCUGGAUGAACUUCCUGGACUUGUUGAUUUCACUGUGCUACUAAAUCUCACCCCCAGGCAGAAGCAUGAGACUGAGAAACUGAAGAAGUUCGCAAGGAAGUUCAAGCAAAGUUCUGUUGGGAGUGCUGUUUAUCUGCACCCAAAAUUGUACUCCUUCGCUUGGAAACCCACUGAUCCGGAUGAUAAAGUGGAUGAGCUCUUGGACAAAAUGGAUGUGAAAGAUGGAGUCAAGGCAAGAUUCUUCCUUAAUCUACUGAACUUAUGUGAGUCAGCUGGUGAGAAACUUUUGGUGUUCAGUCAGUACCUCCUACCAUUGAAAUUUUUGGAGAGAUUAGUAGCCAAAGUGAAGGGUUGGAGUCCUGGGAGAGAAAUGUUUAUGAUCUCAGGUGAGUCAAGCUCCGAGCAACGGGAAUGGUCCAUGGAUCAAUUUAACAAUUCCUCUACUGCUAAGGUCUUCUUUGGCUCAAUUAAGGCAUGUGGAGAGGGUAUAUCUCUGGUAGGGGCAUCUCGAGUCAUACUUUUGGAUGUCCAUCUUAAUCCCUCAGUGAGCCGGCAAGCAAUUGGCCGUGCAUUUAGACCAGGUCAAAAGAAGAAAGUGUUUGUGUAUAGAUUGGUAGCUGCUAGUUCCCCUGAAGAGGAAGAUCAUAGCACUUGCUUCCAGAAAGAACUAAUUGCCAAAAUGUGGUUUGACUGGAAUGAGUAUUGUGGUUAUCGGGAUUUUGGAGUGGAGACCAUUGAUGUGAAUGAAUGUGGUGAUCUCUUCCUCGAAAGUCCAGUGUUCAGGGAAGAUAUAAAGGUUCUUUACAAAAGGUUUGUACUCUUGUACAUCUUCUUGUCAUCUUUGAGUUGCAACUUGCAAGACCUAAAUCUUUCUGUUAGCAUGUCCUAA